GCGAUCAGGAAAGACCAAGCGAGUCUUCCUGCGUGGCAUCUCUUCUUGUUUUUAGAGGACCCAGAUGACUUUUUAGUUGUACCUGAGAUUCACCUGUUCUGGAGAUUUAAGACAAACGCGCGUAAAAGCCAAAUGUCAAGUGCUGGCAUUCAGCCUUAGCAGAUCAGCCAACCUGGCAGUGCAGUGCUACCGGGAAAAUGCUGACUUUUUAAUGAAACUGCAUCAAUGGAGCUUUGGAUUAACGAGACCGCUGGGAUUUCUAACAGAAGCACCUUCCGACUAGCCGUUUUUUCUUAAGGGGAACACGUAGAUCAAAUCCCAGAGGCGCCCUUUCCGGUAAUGCUGAAGCGAGCUCGGUGUCUUUGUAGCGCCUUUCCCUCGUUAGCGCUAUAUGAACAGCAGCCAGCACCGAGCCUUGCUGAGUCCCAUGCCGCUGUCGCUGCCUGCGGAGCACCGCGCACGCCGGGGGCUUCACUCGAAUCCUUUGUUGUGAUAGAAGCAGCGCGAUGAACCGACGGGGCUUCUACACUCUCAUCGUGCUCUCAGUUACGGUAGCGCGAGCUUCUGCUUUCCUCUCACCGUUCAGCGAUUGUCUGCACAACCGGGGCAGAGACGGAUACUUCCAAGGAGCGAUCGACGUGACCGAGUCCGGGGCCAAGUGUAUCAGCUGGAGUAACAUUACCGGCUUCGUGGAGAAGUACCCCGGCCGAGGGCUGGGAGAGCACAACUUGUGCAGGAACCCGGACGGCAGGAUCAGACCUUGGUGCUUCUUCCGAAACGACCGAGGGAGAAUAGACUGGGGCUACUGUGACUGCAAGCAAGGUGCAGUUCGGCUGCGGGGUGGCAGAACCAAGCUGGAGGGGACGGUGGAAGUGUAUUUCAAUGGAGUUUGGGGAAGCAUCUGCAGUAACAGCUGGGGAGACGAAGAUGCCUCGGUAGUCUGCCGACAGCUGGGUCACAGGUACAAAGGCAAAGCGCGACAGAGUCCAGUGUCCUGGUUGUCCCUGUUGCCGAUACACUGGCAAGCCGUGCACUGCCAUGGGGACGAGAAGGAACUGCUCCAGUGCGAAAAGCAGGCAUGGAAUGGAGGGGUGUGUGCCCAGAAGCAGGCUGCUGCUGUUUCUUGUAUACCUCAAGAAGUUUCAGCGGCUGUGUUUGUUCCAGUGCGGCUUGCCGGAGGAAACACCGAACAUGAGGGAAGAGUUGAAGUCUACCAUGGCGGCCUGUGGGGCACCAUCUGUGAUGACCAGUGGGACGAUUCCGAUGCAGAAGUUGUGUGCAGGCAGCUUGGCUUUGGGGGCAUCGCCAAGGCGUGGAGGCAAGCUCAUUAUGGUGAAGGCUCAGGCCCAGUGCUGCUAGAUGAAAUGAUGUGCACAGGGAAUGAGCUGUCCAUCGAGCAGUGCCCAAAGAGCCCUUGGGGAGAGCACAACUGUGACCAUAAGGAAGACGCCAGUGUUUCCUGCAGUCCUCUGACCGAUGGUAGCCUACGCUUGACAGGAGGAAGAGGCAGUCAUGAAGGUCGCUUAGAAAUAUAUUACAACAGUCAGUGGGGUUCGGUGUGCAGUAAUGGCUGGACAAAUGCCAACACUCAAGUGGUCUGCAGGCAGCUGGGAUUCAGGAACCCAGAAAGUGUUCGGCAACGCCACUUUGGACCUGGGAGAGGGCCUAUCCAUUUGGAAGAAGUCACUUGCUCAGGGUGGGAAAAGUCUUUGUUGCAAUGCAGUAGGAGGAAGUGGCAGAAAGACACCUGCACCCACCAAGAAGAUGUUGCUGUUUCAUGCGGUUCAGAGCACGACGCCAAUGGUGUCCCAUUCAGUCUGCCAGUUCGAUUGAUGGAUGGAGAAAAUGCAAAAGAAGGACGAGUGGAAAUUUAUAUCAGUGGCCAGUGGGGGACAAUUUGUGAUGACGGAUGGACUGACAAGGAUGCAGAUGUUGUCUGCAGGCAGCUGGGCUACAAAGGUAUUACUAAAGCCCGAACGAUGGCAUACUUCGGCGAAGGCAAGGGUCCCAUUCACUUGGAUAAUGUAAAGUGUGCAGGCAAUGAAGAAUUCUUAGCAGAUUGUAUUAAACAGCCCAUUGGAAUGCACAACUGUCGCCACAGUGAAGACGCAGGAGUCAUCUGUAACUAUGGAGAGCGAGAGACGGCAGAGGUGAGCGGAGAACUUCUUACCCCUAGCUGUGGACUGAGAUUUGUUUCUCCUCGACAGAAAAGGAUCAUUGGAGGAAAGAACUCUUUACGAGGUGGGUGGCCCUGGCAGGCAGCCAUUCGACUUAGAAGUGCUCAUGGGGAUGGAAGACUGGUGUGUGGAGCAACACUAAUUGGCAGCUGCUGGACCUUGACUGCUGCACACUGCUUUAAAAGGUACGGUAACAACACUAGAAGCUACAUGGUCAGGGUGGGAGAUUACCACACAAUGGUUCCAGAGGAAUAUGAAGAAGAAUUUGGAAUCCAGCAAAUAAUCAUCCAUAGCAACUACAACCCAACCAGCAAUGACAAUGACCUGGCCCUGGUGCAGCUGCUGGGCUGGAAUGGCGUGUGUGUAAAAUUUAACAGCCACGUCUCACCGGCCUGCUUACCUUUGAGACGGGAACCCGCUCUGAAAGUGGCUUCCAACUGUUACAUUACAGGAUGGGGCGAUACAGGAAGGGCUUAUUCCAAAACUCUACAACAAGCACCAGUCCCUCUGCUUCCUAGAAGGCUUUGUGAAGAACGCUAUGCUACUCAGUUCACAAGCAGGAUGUUGUGUGCGGGAAAUGUGGAGGAGGACAAGCGUGCAGACAGCUGUCAAGGGGACAGUGGUGGUCCACUUGUGUGCCAGAGGCCUGAAGGAAGCUGGGUUGUUUAUGGGGUGACAUCUUGGGGCCAUGGCUGUCGCAUCCAGGAUUCACUUGGUGUUUACACCAAAGUGUCAGCCUUUGUGACGUGGAUCAGGCGGGUGACCAAACUGUGAAAUGAGAAAAGCUGAAAAAGUCUGUUCUAGACAUCGGACAACAGUCUGUUUGGCCCAGCCUGUUACACCUGCACACAGUGCCUGUCAUUUUAAACAUUUGUACCAUUGUACAAAGUACUUUUCAAGACUUUCUGCACUUAGGUAAAAUGAAAACAUUUAAUGAAACCUGACAGCAGUUCCCCAGUCUGCAGCCAUGUCCUGCUGUCACUCAGGGACCUGUCUUUGGAUUCGGAAUGCUGUCAGCUCUGUCACAUGCAUGUGUGCGAUACUGUGGAGAGCAGGGGAAAACACUUGGAGUGUGUGGCGUCUAACAGCCUGACGUCUGAUGGGUUAGGAGCGGUGCUGUCAUUUUAAUUUGUGUGACUGUGUUGAUGUCCCAGAAAUGAAGAUUUACAUCUUUGAGCUGAUAAAUUAUUUGUUUUGUGUUUACUGAACAUUUAAACACAGUGUUCUAUGUACUAUAUUAUAUAGUGUCUAUCUAUCUAUCUAUCUAUCUAUCUAUCUAUCUAUCUAUCUAUCUAUCUAUCUAUCUAUCUAUCUAUCUAUCUAUCUCACAUAUAGCAGCUUUUAUAGUGUCUUCCAUAUCUACCUAUGCUUUAAACGGUCAUCGAUUGUUUCAUAGCUGUUUUGUUGUUUUUCUUUUUUCUCUAUCAACAGUAUGGACCAAAGUAGAAAGACAUUUCAAUCGACACGUUACAUUAUGUCUUUAACUACCUUUUAUCCACACAGCCUCUUUAUUAUAUUUAGCAAUAUGGUUUCUCAUAUACUGUAUGUAAAUAAAUGAUAAAAACGCUGCUUGCCGUUAUACAGUAUUAUAAAAGCCUGUUUAAAGAAAUGGUAUUAUAUGUGUUAACAUUGGUGCUCUUUUUGUAUUUUUCUUGUACAUUUUUGUUUAUUUUAAAGGCAUUACUUGUAUGUAGGAUAUUUUGGAUGGGUGCUUUUUCAGUUUACAUGAAGUACAAGUUAUUUCCUUGUUGA